AAUAUUUAAACAACAAUCUUCAGUCUUGCUUCAAAAUGUCCCUGUGUGCAUCUUCUCACAAGGACUUUUCUCAGUUGCUGCCACUUCAGGAUAUUGGAUGCAAUAAAACAGAAAUUAAAAACUCAACCGCUGGUAUCGUCUCUCCAGUUCCCUACAGCUGUAAUCAGUCCACGUUGACAGCAGAACACAGUCCAGUCUAUAUUCCCUCAUCUUACAUGGAAAACAGACAUGAAUAUUCUGCAAUGGCUUUCUGCAGUCCUGCUAUGAUGAAUUACAACAUUACGAGCAAUUUUGGUGAUUCAGAGGGUGCAUCUGUGAGGCAAACGUCGAGCCCCAAUGUGUUAUGGUCUGCUCCUGGCCAUCUCUCCCCUCUGACAUUGCACUGCCAUUCGUCGCUUCUGUAUGCAGAGCAGCCCAAGAGCCCGUGGUGCGAAGCAAGACCGAUGGAGCCAGUGCUACCUGUGACCAGAGAAACGUUAAAAAGAAAAACUAAUGGCAAUGACUGUACAAGCCCAAUUGCAAAUAAUCCUGGCUCAAAAAGGGAUGCCCACUUCUGUGCAGUCUGCAGUGACUAUGCUUCAGGAUACCACUAUGGGGUCUGGUCAUGUGAAGGCUGCAAAGCAUUCUUUAAAAGAAGUAUUCAAGGACAUAACGAUUACAUCUGCCCAGCUACCAAUCAAUGCACAAUAGACAAAAACAGGCGCAAAAGCUGCCAGGCAUGCCGGCUACGGAAAUGUUAUGAAGUGGGAAUGAUGAAAUGUGGCUCAAGAAGAGAACGUUGCGGAUAUCGGAUCCUGCGUCGCCAUCGUAAUUCAGAAGAUCAGGUGCAUUGCAUUGGCAAAGCUAAGAAAUACAAUGAGACAGCAACCCGUGUAAAAGAGAUCCUGCUCAGCACAGUCAGUCCGGAGCAGUUUGUUUUAACCCUACUUGAAGCGGAGCCUCCCAACGUGUUGGUGAGUCGUCCCAGCAAACCAUUCACGGAGGCCUCCAUGAUGAUGUCCCUGACAAAACUGGCAGACAAAGAGCUGGUUCACAUGAUUGGUUGGGCCAAAAAAAUUCCUGGCUUCAUUGAUCUCAGCCUCUAUGACCAAGUAAGACUCUUGGAGAGCUGCUGGAUGGAAGUUUUAAUGGUUGGUUUGAUGUGGAGAUCCAUCGACCAUCCUGGGAAACUGAUUUUUGCACCAGACCUUGUAUUAGACAGGGAUGAGGGGAAAUGCGUAGAGGGAAUUUUGGAGAUCUUUGAUAUGCUCCUGGCCAUGACCUCGAGGUUCCGAGAGCUGAAACUGCAGCACAAGGAGUAUCUGUGUGUCAAGGCAAUGAUCCUCCUCAAUUCCAGCAUGUUUCCCUUGUCAGCAGAAGAACCUGAAAGCAACAGGAAACUGCAUCACCUGCUUAAUGUAGUCACAGAUGCUUUGGUGUGGGUUAUUGCAAAGAGCGGAAUCCCCUCGCAGCAGCAGACAACUCGUCUGGCCAACUUGUUGAUGCUCCUCUCUCACGUCAGACACGCAAGUAACAAGGGAAUGGAGCAUCUCCUGAGCAUGAAGUGCAAGAAUGUGGUCCCAGUGUAUGACUUGCUGCUGGAGAUGUUGAAUGCGCACACUCUUCGAGGCCAAAGGAAGUCCCCGGUGACACAUCCCGAAUUUGGCCCAUUAGAACAAAUGGAGACUGGAGACAGUCUGCGAAAUGGGGCAGCCCAGUAA